UCACGUUCUCCUUUCUCCUUCCUCUGUUCUUCUUCUUCCCCCCACCCCAUGCUCUAAAAAAAUUUCAAUCCCUCUGCAAAAUUAAGUUGAAUAACGAAUACUGCAAGCAUCUCCAUCAAGAUUUGAGUCUGGGCACGAAUUAUCUGUAAUUAUGGCUCCAUGGAAUGAAGUGAAAUGUGGGUGUGGGUUUCCUGUAGCCAAGAGGACUGCUUGGACUCAUGAAAACCCAGGGAGAAAGUUUAUUGCUUGCAAAUUCUACAAUCCUGAAACUGGGCAAAGGGGGUGCAACAAAUUUGAUUGGCUUGAUGAAGAUAUUGUUGAAUGGCAAAGGGAUGUUACUAAUGUGCUUGUUGCUGAAAAACAUAGGCUGUCCACUGAUCUUGCAAUUCUGAGGAACAGAUUUGCUUGCAUUGAACAAGAGAAGAUUAGGCUAGUCGAAGAGGUUGACAGAUUGAAGAAGAACAAGGGCAUGAUGAUGGGUGUUUUGGGGUCUAAGAAGGCUGGCUUGGGUCAGAAUCAGCUAAUGGGGAUGAUUUGUGUGUGUGCAAUUGUGUCUGUAUUAUUUAGUUUCACUGUAAUCAAGGUACUUGGGUAGAUGGUAGGAUGAACUUUGUUUAAGGAAUGUUAGGCAAUUAGAAGCUAGGCUUGGUUUAAUUCCUUGUUGUAAUGCCUUUAUGUUUAAUGCAUUCGUUGUUGUAAUCAAACCAUUGUGGUUUAGAAUGAAUGAAAAGUUU